UCAUCAUCUCCAAAGGAUAUCUCGUUGCCUCCCUCCUGCUCAUGUUUCUUACACUCCAUAUGGUUCAAUCUUCUUCUCAACCCAUCAGCUCUCCAAAUCUCCAGAGUAUAGAUUGCGGGGCAUUAUGUGAUGUGAGGUGCAAGCUAUCAUCAAGGCCGAAUCUGUGCAAAAGGGCGUGCGGGACUUGCUGCGCCAGAUGCGGCUGCGUUCCGCCGGGAACCGCCGGCAACAAGGACGUCUGUCCCUGCUAUGCCAAUAUGACCACUCACGGCGGCAGGCCUAAAUGCCCUUAAUUAUUUUCUCUUAAUCACACUCUCUCCCUAGUAGCUAGUAGCUACUCCGUUGGUCGGCCACGCUAUAUGCCCGUGAUCGCUAAACACUUACGUAGUAUAUUAUUUUCAUGUCUUUCUUUGAUUUCAUACGAGUAUCAUUGACCGAUUACAGUGUCGUGUCAUAUGUUCAAACCAAUUAAUUAUAAGAUGUUGCAAGAAAUAAACAAUUUCUUCUAACAAACAAAUAACAAACAAAUAAGUGAAAAUGGGAAUCACACAAGAAUUAUACGGUAAAUAAGCCGAAGUUGAAAUUGAAUUAAUAGAUUUGUGGUGAAUACAAGAAGAGUAAUUUUGAUCAAGAUAGAUCGAACAUCGUUAACUUUACAAUAUGCGUUCUACUUAAAUUGGAUUUCUCCUCUUUCCACGACUCAACGAUCAACCCAAAUAGGCGGACUCCUACUUGGUGGCAUGCGCAAAUUAUACCGUGGGAUCGGCCCACCAUGAGCAUGGUGUGCUGAUCCCAAAACCACGCCCGUUUUAUUAAUAAAAAAAAUUAGAGAGAAUAGCGUGAGAGAAUAGCUGCCGCGGAAGAAGAAGCGUGAGCUCUGGCUUGGCUAGCUCCUCAUCCCAUGGUAGAAGAUUCCAUCGGCCGUCUUCUGCGCGGUAACAGCUAUACGAAAAUAUGAUUUGGGAAUGAUGGCUUACCCCAUUGGGUGCCUUGAUGGUAUAUUUAUAAUAAAACAGAGUUUUGGAAUAUUACAACAUAAUCCCUAAAUAUUACAUUAUUACACCUCCUCAAUUUGUGCAGAGGAAAACACGUGCAAAUUGGAACGUAAAAAUUCAAAACGCUAACUAGACAAGUUCUUUGUGAAGAUAUCAGCUAACUGCAGCUGUGUAGGAAUGUGCUUCACCACAAGAUCUCCAUGCGCAACUCGCUCACGAACAAAAUGAUAGUCAAUUUUAAUGUGCUUACUCCGAUCAUGCUGGAUGGGAUUAACGGCCAAGUAUGAAGCUGAAACAUUAUCACAAAGAAGCUGCACUGGUGCCGAAAUAAAUAUGCCCAUAUCUGCUAGUAGUGACCGAAUAAAAAGUGUGUCCUGGACAGUGUAUGCUAUAGCCCUGUACUCUGCUUCAGUAGAUGACUUGGACACGGUUGGUUGUUUCUUGGACCGCCAUGAGAUUAAAUUUGGCCCCAGAAAAACUGCAUACCCGGUGGUCGAGCGGGAGCUGUCAGGGCAUCCGCCCAGUCUGCGUCAGAGUAAGCUGUAACAACUGAGAUGGUUUUAUCUGCUCGUAACCAUAAGCCAUGAGUGCUGGUUCCCUGCAGAUACUUGUAUAUUCGCUUAACUGCCAAAAGAUGAGAAAUGAACAAUCUACCUCGCGUGCCCGCCCAAACUAUGUGUCCUUAACCGAAGCAGAGCGCAACAAUGAAAAUGCACUUUGGGUGACACCUCACAUGGUUGCAAACGAUCAAGAAGUGUUGAACCAAAUCAAAACCAUAAUUGGAGGACACUUUCUUGGGAACUGGGCAACCUACACGGAAGUUGACCCCAAGGUCCGUGAACUUUGGUGGAACCUGUUCAAGGGCCGGUUUCGAUGGACUGAAGCACACGGUCCCGCUAUUCUUAGAGCGUAUAACGCUAGGAUUCCAAACUGGCUUCGUCCUACUUUUAGGCGUGCCCGAAGGGACGGGACAAAGCCUGGAUGGUGUUCGGAUGAGGUGUGGGCUAAUCUCGAUCGCCACUGGGCUUCUAAUCCGAACUUCUUGGCAAGAAGCGAAUCCGGUCAGAAAAACCGGAUGUCCGAGAAGGCCUUGGAGACACAAUGGCACAGGGGCCGCAAACCUAAGAGCAAAUAUAAUUAAGAUCUUGCGGGGCCUAAGAAGAAGAAGGUAUCGAUUCUCAAGGUCAUCAAGCACUGCUGGACGAAGCACGACGAUGAGUCGAAUGCCGAUAUGCCACCCCGCCUCGCUGAAAUCGAAAUGAAGUAUCACACAACCGUUCAGAAGAAGCGGGCGGAACGAGGCUUGACCGACGAGGAUGAGCUCGAUUCUGAUGCGGAAGAUGAUGUCAUCGUUGAGGCAGCUGGGGUGUACAAGGGCCGGGUUCCGUGCAUGGGGGCCGAGGGGCAACGGAUUUUGUACGACCGCAGCGGCACUUCAUCUUCUCGAUCAAGGAGGGGAGAGGAUCCACGUAUCGCUCAAAUGCAGCGGGAAUUGGAGCAGCAGCGGGCCUUGGAGGAGCAACACAAAAAGGACGAAGAAACAAGAGCCCGGCUGGAAGCGAUGGAACGGAUCCUCAGCGCCGGAAUUCGGAAUCAGCCUCAGCCUCAGCCGUAUAUACUGCACCCCGAGCAGACUCCUCAAGUUCCGCAGAUGGGCGGUUAUUUCCGUUCCAACUCUGUGUCCGGGUUGCCUUCAUAUGGAUCUUUUCAGGAUAUCAAUUUUCAUAACCUGUUUCAAACAUCUGGAGGCAGCCAAAGAGGAGGCAGUCGCGGAGGCAGUCGCGGAGGCCCAGGUGGAGGCAACCGCGGAGGCAACUGAGAAGAAGACGAGACCGGAGAAGAUUAUCUAGGAUAUGAUGAUUCUAUAUAUUAUCAUAAUGGUGGCCGGAGGAGCUUGUAAAUGAUAUACAUUUUUAAUUUAAAUUGAACAUUGUUUAUUUAUACUAUAAUUCUAGUCUGUUUAUUACUUUUAUUCCAGUCUGUUUAUUAAAUAAAAUGUGUAUUCUAGUAGUCUGUUUAUUAGUUUUA